AUGUCUUCGUCAUCCCUCAAAAUAGCCAUCGUCGGUGCCGGCCCAGCUGGUUUGACCCUGGCGUCCCUGCUAACAGCCAGCAAACACGCGUUUGAUUUCACGAUCUUUGAGCUGAGAGAAAAACCAGAUCCUGCAAAUGUAAAUGUUCCGUCGGGAAAUUUAGAUCUGCAAGAAGAGUAUGGUUUGAAGGUAGUUAAAGCCUGUGGGCUUUACGAGCGCUUCCUCGAAAUCGACAGUGGCUGUACCGAGCAAACGACCAUUGUCGAUAAGACCGGCCACGUCUUUCUUGACCGCGUCGGCGAAGGUCGUCCUGAAAUCUCACGGAAUGCACUGGCCCAUCUAUUACUCUCUGCGAUCCCCGAAGACCGUAUUCAGUGGAAUACCAAAGUUCUCUCCGUGAGAUCUGGUGGUGUCAUUGAGUUCCAGAACAAGACUACUGAAUCCACCACCGCCAGCUUUGACCUCAUUGUGGGUGCUGAUGGCGCCUGGUCUCAAGCCCGGGCAGCCAUUCCAAAGGCACCCGCACCAAUCUACAGUGGUGCCUGUUCUGUCACUCUCGACGUCCCCAGCCUCCCCGGCAAAUAUCCCGACCUUGACAAGCUCCUUGGCGGUGGAACCUAUGCUGCUUGCAGCGAUGGAAAGGUGCUUCUCUCACAAAGGGGAAUCCACGGCACAGCUCGACUCUACCUGUUCCUGCACUCUAAAUGCCAAGCUGAAACCCACCGGAAGCUGCAGGACUCGGCUCACGAUGAUAAGUUUGGACCGAACCCAGUCCUGAACGCCAAUCCCCUUCUAUCUGUCCUUCCAACAAACCACAAAGAUCUUCUGAAAGUUCUCCUUUCCGAUUCGGAGUUAUUCUCGACCUGGUCGGAUGAUAUCAAGAAGCUUCUUACCAUUUCCUGCGAGGCCCAGCCAGAGGACCCCCCCGUCGAUGCACGUCCACUAUACAUGCUUCCUCUGGACCCAUUCCCACACUCCCACACCGAGGGAAUUGCGCUAGUAGGUGAUGCUGCGCAUCUGAUGACUCCUUUCGCAGGAAAGGGGGUGAACACGGCAAUGGCGGAUAGUUUGGCUCUGGCGGAGCACCUAGAGAAGCUUUUGGAUGCAUCGGAGGGGAGCAAUAGCUUCAAGGCUGACCUUGACAAGUCGCUAAUUGCAUUUGGGGAUGAGGUGCACCCGCGAGCGAAGGCAGCUAUGACAUUGACUUGGAUGAGUUUGUUGUUGUCGUAUGACGAGAGUGGACCGGCAAAGUUGUGUCAGGUUAUGGCAGCGCACCAUUAG